AUGGUAGAGCACUACGAUAUUGUCAUUGUAGGAGCUGGCCCCGUUGGCCUGCUCCUGUCGACUUGCCUGGCGAGAUGGGGUUACAAAAUCAAGCACAUCGAUAACAGGCCCGAGCCCACACUUACCGGACGAGCUGAUGGAAUCCAACCCCGAUCACUCGAUUUAUUGCGAAACAUGGGUCUGAAGAGAGCGAUCAUGGAGAAUGAGCCUGCGAAGGUGUACGAGGUCGCAUUUUGGGAUCCAUCAAAGGAGGGCAUUCAUAGGACAGGCACAUGGGCUUCAUGUCCUAAAUUCAUCGAUGCGAGAUACCCUUUUACCACUCUUCUGCAUCAGGGAAUGAUCGAGCGCGUGUUCAUCAACGAUAUCGAGAAGCACGAUACACGGAUACAACGUCCUUGGAAGAUUACAGGGUUUGAGAACGAUGGAAAGGAUGCAGAGUAUCCGGUACAAGUGAGCAUUGCUCAUGUGGACGGUGGUCAAUCGGAGAACCUUCGCGCAAAGUACCUCUUCAGUGGCGAGGGAGCUCGCAGCUUUGUUAGAGAGCAAUUGAAAGUGGGGAUUACUCACAAAGAUCCCAUCGCACAUGUGUGGGGUGUCAUGGAUGGUGUAGUGCGGACYGACUUUCCUGACAUCAAGAUGAAAUGCACGAUUCACUCUGACACCGGCUCCAUCAUGGUCAUCCCUCGCGAGAACAAUAUGGUCCGUCUGUACAUUCAGAUCGCAUCGUCCACUGAUAAAGAUUGGAAUCCACGGAAGACUGCAACGACCGAAGAGGUACAGGAGAGGGCCAAGAAGAUUAUGAAGCCCUACUCCAUUACGUGGGACCGUGUGGAAUGGUUUUCGGUGUACCCAAUUGGUCAGGGUAUCGCAGACAGGUACACUUUGGACGAGCGUGUAUUCAUGGGUGGAGAUUGCUGCCAUACACAUUCGCCAAAGGCUGGUCAAGGCAUGAACACCGCUUUCCUCGACGCUCAGAACUUGGCAUGGAAGAUCCACCACGUCGAAUCCGGAUUCGCAGACCGCUCCAUUCUCAAAUCUUACGAGAGUGAGCGAAAAUACGUUGCAGAGAACCUCUUGAACUUUGACGCACAAUACGCGAAACUAUUCUCAACCAACAAACCAUCUGCGAGUGUCGUCAAGGACGCAAGCAACAAAACAGACAAGAACGACGGCAAGGAUGCUGACAGUGAGGAGAAUGAGUUCAUCAAGACUUUCAAGGCGUCCUGCGAAUUCACAUCUGGAUACGGAGUUGCAUACCUCGAGAAUGUCUUCAACUGGUCGGAAUCGCAUCCCGCACAACAUCCAGCUUUUCUGUCAGAGCCCAAAGGCACUACCAAGCUCCGCACAGGACGGAUAUUGGUCCCAGCAACUGUGACACGAGUAGCGGAUGCUAACGUUGUUCACCUUGAGCAAGAAAUCCCCCUUAAUGGCUCAUUCCGGUUGUACCUAUUUGGAGGCAAACCUUCUUCAACCAAGAAAGCCAUUGCAGACUUUGCGGCGAACCUCAAGAAGAAGACAUCCUUCUACUCCCAGUUCUCACGAGAGGAUCUUGCCACCGUCGACUACCACGAGCGGCAUAACCCUCACAGCAAGUUCUUCACCAUCAACACCAUUUUCAACGCAAAGCGCCCUGAGAUUGAGGUUCGGGAUCUGCUGCCUGAUGUUCUAGCAAGGUACUUUGACCAUGWGUAUGCUGAUGMUGUUUGGGACGAGCGUGUACCGAACGCCACAGCCGCUGCACAUGCGAAGAUGGGUCUUUCUGAAGAACAGGGCGGUGUUGUGGUUGUAAGGCCAGAUGGCUAUGUUGGAUGUGUGGUGAAGCUUGAGGAGGGCAGCGGGACUGUUGAUGCGAUCAACCAAUACUUCGCGGCAUUCUGCACAAAGCCAAUUGGCGGUGAGAGAGCGCAGCUAUGA